AUGGAUCCAUACCAGGUCGGACCGAUUCUAACAAGCUCCACUAAGGUUGCGCCGUGUGACUUGCAGUCUCACAACUUGGCGUCUGGCACGGCUCCGCUAGCGACAUUCGCGGCGCUGUCGCACGACAUAUCGUCGUCCGUGGCGUCCAUCCUGCUCUCCACCACCAGCGCCGCCAUCCAUCCGCACCUCUUCCAAGCAUGGAGCUUUCCGCCCAGUCCCCGCUCCGCGCGCGGGGAACUUACUCCCGAUGAUAUCACCUACGUCGCAGCCACAUCUGCGCUCAAGGAGGCGCCGCUCGUGGCAGCAGCGGGCGUGGAUGACAGAGUAGACGGCGGAGCUUCCGGGUACCCGGAGGACGAACAGCUGCCGGCCCUUCUGGGCGUCAGCUGGUGCGGGGGGCAGCAGCCGGGGGAAGCGGAGGUGCUGAAGCAGCCGGCGCAGCGGAGCAUCAGCCCCACCCGAGAGCGUAGAAAGGCCGCCCCCCCCAGUCCUACCUCCAACCGCCUACGCUGCAGUUCCGAUCGCACCUCGGCAUCGCACCACUUGUACAACGCGAUGGCUUCACCCUACUCUCAGGGGCAGCACGCACGGUGCGACCCGCAGAAUGGGGCACCCAGCGCGACCAAGGAACCCUCGUCUAGUCCCACGCAUCACAGUCCCACAGCCGCUUCCCGUGGCGGUGCCGACAUUCCUCGCAACGCAUACCCCUCGCCCCUCGCUGCCCCUGGUGUGCCCCAUUUGUUUUCCGCCAAGCCCCCUCGUCCUCCGCGGCACGGCAGCAAGGCGGCAAGCAGAGCCUUGCGAGGUGGCGAGUCAAGAAAGGCGUCCGCAGGAGGCGCUGGUCGGUUGAGCCGUCUCAUGGGCGGGCGGCGGAAGGCGAGCGGGGAGGCUGCGGUGAUGAUGCCGCUGAUUAUCCUGCUGCUCGUGCUCUUCCUCGUGCUUACCAUAGUCCAAGGCGUGCUGUCAACUGAGCAGGCGAGACGAAUCCUCACGGAUCCGACACCCCGCGCGCAAAAUCUUACUGGACUGACGUGGCACGACCUGGUUGGCCAACGGUGGAACGGGAGUAACAAUAGCACAUCGUCGUCGUCGCACGAUCUAUAUGACAUGUCGGGUUCAUCUUCUAUCAGCAUGAACCGCAAGUUGGGCGGUUCACCUCCCUACGUAACGUCUCGCGUUAAGCAGUCCCUGGAGCACAACCCUCCGCACACUCUAGGGCAGCAGGCGAAGCUGAGUCUGGCUGGGAUGGCGGAGCUGAGUCGGCUGAAGCAUGUGGCCACAUGGCCGCUCAGACGACUGCUCCGCUGA